CCACCAACUACGAAAUGGCCGUAUACGCCCUCUGAUGCGCUUGAAGAUAUUCCGGGUGUGGCGCACGCAUUAGAUUUGUUCUUGAAGUCAAAAAUGGUGGAAUCAGAGGAAUUCUGUCACAGUAACGACCCCAAGGAAGAGCGUCUAUAUUUUGCCACUGGCUACGGCUUGAUUCAGUGUGUCAAGGCUCUCAUGUCUUAUGAAGAUGAAGACUUAAUCUCUGCCAUAGGCCAUAUCAAGCAGGGAAAUGCAGUAGCGAUGCAGCAUCGUAAGCGCGCAGCAUCGUUACCCUGGCGGCUCGCGGGUUAUGUGACAGGCUCGUCGGGCGUAAGCUGGAUCAAGAGCAUGACGCCAGUUGAACGCCAUGCCGAGCUUGUCUAUGCUGAGAGCUUGUUCGAAAAGGCACUUCUCGGGAUCGUGUACUCCGGUGACUGGCUGGCAUUUAUCAAGGAGGCACUCAAUAUGCGCACCACCAUCCAGGUAUAUCGCCAACUGGGCAAGUAUCUCGAUGCUAUGGAUGCAGAAGCAGAUGCAUGUGGAGAGGGGCCUGAAGACAAGAACAUAGAUCCGCACUUCCGGUCGGGUGUCUACUUGGGUGUCGGAAUGUCAAACAUAGUUCUCAGUCUGAUGCCUACGAAGCUGCUCACUAUUGUCGAAUUAUUUGGGUACAAGGGGGAUAGACACCUUGGCCUGGCCCUUCUGGAGAAGGCCGGUGGCUGGACAAGUGCGGCGAGCGAGCCAAAAAUUGGUCAAGAAACGGAGGGAUUACGAAGGAGUAUCUGUGACAUGGCACUGAUGAUCUUCCAUUUGGUUCUCUCGAGUUUCACGUACGAUGGCGUUGAUAUCAUAAUGGCGCAAAAGGUCCUAGACUGGAAUCUCAAGAGAUAUCCAAAUGGCGUGUUUUUCCUCUUUGGUGAAGGUCGGUUGAGUCUCUGUAGAAGUCAGCCAAAGCGCGCCAUCGAAUGUUACAAGAAAGCUAUGAAUGCACAAACUCAAUAUCGCAAUCUUCACCACGUCUCCUACUGGGAGAUGGCGAUUGCUUAUAUGGCGCUCUGGGAUAUCCCUGAAUCGCUCAAGUGCUGGCGCAACCUCCGCAAAGAAUCUACUUGGUCGAAAGCGUGUUAUACCUAUGGGGUAGCGGCACUCCUCAUCCAACUUGGAGGAGAGGACAAUCGGAAGGAGGCUCUCAAGCUCUGCGAAGAAGUUCCUACCUUGCGUCAGCGCAUUGCGGGGAAAUCGAUCCCCCUCGAGAAAUUUGUCGCCCGCAAAGCACGUAAGUGUCAAAGCCAAAAUGGGCGUCUCGCCCUGCCGGCCCUCGAAUUGUCGUAUUUGUUCCUCGGCAUCGCGCAUGCGCCGCGCCAAGUCAUAACCGGACGGACGCUUCCCCUUAUAGAUGCUCAACUGAAAGAGCUUGACAAUUAUAAGGACCACACCGAUAAGUAUGGUGGUGGUAAGGGCUAUUGGGAUGACUGGUGUCUCGUAAAGUUUUUGCAGGGUGUAUGCUUGAGAUAUGUCGCUCACCCGGAUCCGGAUGCUUUGUUGGACCCUAACGAGAUCGUCGGAAUCUCCUCGGAAGACGCGUCGAGUCGUGCCACAGCCGCGUUCGAGUCGGUGUUUGCCAAUGGUCCAAAGAUCGAACUGGACCAUCACAUUGUUUACUAUGCUCACUUCGAAUAUGGCCGGUUGUUGGCGUGUCAGGGCGACAAGGAAGGCGCUCACAAGCAGCUCAAUCUGGUUUACUCGGGGAAACUCCUAGAAGUCAACGCCGCUGGACGGAAGGGAAAGUACAGCAUGGAGAGCGCCCUUCAUGUGCGGACACAUGCAGCCAUAGAAGCUCUCGACCGUGGACGC